GCUGUGUGCUACUUGAUGACAUCAUCACUAGGUUCCUUUUGAGGCCUUGAACACAUGUGGAAGCCUCAUGUCCACCUAUGCCUGAAGAAGUUGAGGUGUAAUCUUUAUGAAGCGGCUUGGAGUAAGGUAUAUCAACACCGCUCACAAUAACAAAGUAUGCAGCACUUGGGGGAAUUUCAACUUCAAGAAUUUUGAUGGUGAUGUAUUCCAUUUCCCGGGAACCUGCAACUAUGUUUUCUCUUCCCAUUGCAAAAGUGAUUAUGAAGACUUCAACAUCCAAAUUCAACGCACCCUCAUCAACAGUAUGCCAGUGAUCAGUAAAAUCAUCAUGAGGAUCAAUGGGGUGGUGGUGCAGGUCAUUGAGAAGAUUGUGCUGGUUGAUAGAAAAGUAGUGCAAUUGCCCUACAGUGGCUCUGGUGUUCAGAUUGAGAAACGUGGUGUCUACUAUCAGGUCAGCAGUAAGACUGACCUGGUGCUAAUGUGGAAUGAUGAUGAUAAUAGUGUCUUGCUGGAGCUGGAUAAAAAGUAUUCUAACCAGACCUGUGGUUUGUGUGGGGACUACAACGGCAUAUCUAUCCACAAUGAAUUUAUUAACAAUGGUGUCUUCAUCACAGAAGCUCAAUUUGGAAACCUUCAGAGACUGGAUGGUCCCACAGAACAGUGCCCAGAUGUACUGCCACUGCCAAAAAGCAACUGUACAGAUUUUGAAAACAACUGUGAAAACACUCUAAUGGGUUCAUCCUUUGCAAACUGUCACUUGUUGGUAGAUGUUGACCCCUACAUUGAAGCCUGUGUGCAGGAUCUGUGCCGCUGUGAUAGCAGUGUGGCUUUCCUCUGUAUGUGUAACACAUUCGCUGAGUACUCGAGGCAGUGCGCCCAUGCCGGUGGUCAGCCAAGUAACUGGAGAACAAAAGAUUUUUGCCCCCAGAAGUGCCCUUUUAACAUGGAAUACCAAGAAUGUGUAUCUCCUUGCACUGACACAUGUACCAUCCCUGAAAGAGCACUUUUUUGUGACGAACAUUGUUUGGAAGGAUGUUACUGUCCUAAAGGAACUGUAUUUGAUGACAUCAACAACUCAGGCUGUAUUUCUGUGGAUAUGUGCCCCUGUACAAUUAGGGGAGAGGCAUACGCUUCUGAAGCAUCUUAUUCUACUCCAUGCCUUGCCUGUGUGUGCUCUUCAGGGAAGUGGAACUGUAAGGAUUUGCCUUGUCCCUCAACUUGCUCUUUAGAAGGAGGUUCUCACAUGACAACCUAUGAUCAGACUCAUUACAGGAUCCAUGGUGACUGUAACUACAUACUGACCAAGAUAUGCAGUGGUGGAGAAUUCACAGUUGUUGCCGAACUUCGCAAAUGUGGAUUAUCUGAAAGUGAGACCUGUCUAAAGAGCAUUAUGAUUCUGCUUGAUGGCGGGGAGACUAAUGUUUUGAUCAAACCAGGUGGUGGGGUGUAUGUGAACAGUGUCUAUACUCAGUUGCCAGUAUCAACAGCAAGAGUCACCAUCUUCAGACCAACCUCUUUCUAUAUUAUUGUUCAUAUGCUUAAGGGAAUCCAGGUGGUCAUUCAGCUCAUUCCCCUCAUGCAAGUCUAUGUGGUACUGGAUCCAAUCUUUAAAACAAAGACAUGUGGUCUCUGUGGAAACUUCAAUGACAAGCAAAGUGAUGAUUUCCAAGCCAUAAAUGGAGUGAUAGAAGGAACUGGAGCAUCAUUUGCCAACACAUGGAAGACCCAAGCUGAUUGUCCUAAUAUAAAGAAUGUCUAUGAAGAUCCAUGCUCCCUCAGUGUAGAAAAUGAACAAUAUGCUUUACAAUGGUGUGGUCUUAUAACUGACCCAAAUGGGCCUUUUGCUGCAUGCCACUCACAAGUGAACCCACAAAUGUUCCAAAAGAACUGUAUGUUUGACACCUGUAAUUGUGAGAAGAGUGAAGAUUGUAUGUGUGCCUCCCUCUCCUCUUAUAGCCGGACAUGCGUUACCAAAGGUGUUAAAUUAACAGGAUGGCAAGCAAACACCCCUUGCUCUAAAUAUACCAAAUACUGCCCAGAAUCAUUAAACUACACCUUUUCUAUGAGCACCUGCCAGCCAACCUGCCGCUCUCGAUUUGAGCCGGACAUCACCUGCAGCAUCAAGUUCACACCUGUAGAUGGCUGCAGCUGCACUAAGGGGUUCUACAUGGAUGACAGUGGCAAAUGUGUUCCUGAAGCUGCCUGCCCCUGUUACUACAAGGGAAGUAUCAUACCCUCUGGAGAAGUGGUCCAAGACAAGGGAAUGCAAUGCUUCUGUGCUCAAGGAGAGUUGAGCUGUCUUGGAGCUUCUGAGCCAGAAUGCAUUGCUCCAAUGGUUUAUCUAGAUUGUAAGAAUGCAACAGAGAACACAGAGGGAGCUGAAUGUCAGAAAAGUUGCCAGACAUUGGAUAUGGAAUGUUAUCGGACAAAAUGUGUAUCUGGCUGUGUCUGUCCUGAUGGACUGUUAUCAGAUGGGGAAGGGGGCUGCAUCAAAGAGGAAUUGUGUCCAUGUGUCCAUAACGAAGCCACUUACCAGCCUGGAGAAAAUAUUACAUUUAAAUGCAAUACUUGUACAUGCAAAAACCGAAUAUGGCACUGUACAGAUAAGCCAUGUCUAGGGACCUGUGUUGUGUAUGGAGAUGGACAUUAUAUCACUUUUGAUGGGAAACAAUACACUUUUAAUGGAGAUUGUGAAUAUAUUCUUGCUCAGGAUCAUGGAAGUGAUAUGGAAACCAAAGCUUCUUUCCGAGUUAUUACUGAGAACAUCCCAUGUGGAACGACUGGAACAACCUGUUCUAAAGCUGUCAAGGUCUUUCUAGAGGGCUUUGAAAUUAUUCUCACAGAUGAACAGUUUGAGGUUGUAAAAAGAGAGCCUGGAGCUAAGUUACCUUAUAUGCUAUACACGGGUAUCUAUAUUGUGAUUAUGUCUGAUCACGGUCUAAUCCUGCUGUGGGAUAAGAAGACUAGCAUCUUCAUCAAGCUUAGCAGAGAGUUUGAGGGUAAAGUCUAUGGUCAGUGCGGUAAUUAUGAUGGAAAUGGAAACAAUGACUUUACUACUAGGAGCUUCUCUGUGGUAGGAGAUCCUGUGGAAUUUGGCAACAGCUGGAAACUCAACCCAAAAUGUCCUGAUGUCAAGCCAACCAGGGAUCCCUGUUCUACUAAUCCAUAUAGAAAAUCAUGGGCACAGAGGAAAUGCAGUAUUAUCAACAGCAAGACAUUUUCUGACUGUCAUUUUCAGGUUGACCCAUCACAGUAUUAUGACACCUGUGUUACUGACGCUUGUGCUUGUGACAGCGGAGGAGACUGUGAGUGCAUGUGUACUGCAAUUGCAGCCUAUGCUCUUGCCUGUAGUGAAGCUGGCAUUUGUGUUUCCUGGAGGACCCCACACAUUUGCCCUCUCUUUUGUGAUUACUACAACUCAGAAGGGGAAUAUGAAUGGCAUUACAAGCCAUGUGGGCACAGCUGCCUAAAGACCUGUAGAAAUCCCACUGGGAAAUGCCUUUAUGACCUACCAGGUUUAGAAGGAUGUUAUCCUAACUGCCCAGCAGAAAAGCCUUUCUUAAACGAGGACACAAUGGACUGUGUAGCCCAAUGCGGUUGCUAUGAUGAUGAAGGCAAUUACUUCUCACAAGGAAGCCUAGUUCCGACCAAGGAAAAUUGCCAGACUUGUGUAUGUAGCACGUCUUCCCUUACUGAAUGCAAGUAUGAUAAGACAGUUUGCUUUUGCUUGUACAACAGCACCAAAUACAGUUACAAUGAUGUGAUUUAUAUCACCAUGGAUAACACUGGAGGGUGUCUCAGUGUCAUUUGUAAGGAAAAUGGAACAAUCCUAAGAGAUACAUCAUGUUCCACAACAGUUGCAACCACCACACUAACAACCAAUACUGUCACUACCACCACACCGACCAAAAAACCUACUGUGUCAACAGUCUGUGUUCAGAAACACUGUGAGUGGUCUCAGUGGUUUGAUGAAAGCUAUCCUAAAGCCGGGCCUCAAAAUGGAGAUUUUGAGACAUUUCAGAGAAUUACAGACAAUGGACACUCUAUAUGUAAUAACCCAGAAGCCAUAGAAUGCAGAGCUAAAAUAUUCCCAGAUACACCAAUAAAUGAAUUACAGCAGAAUAUCCACUGCAAUGCUUCCUAUGGACUGAUAUGCUACAAUAAAGAUCAGCUGCCACCAAUUUGCUACAACUAUGAGAUUAGGGUUAGAUGCUGUGUAAGGCAAUGUCCACCACCCACUACGACUACACCUUUUACAGAAACUUCAACUAAAUCCACAACACAAGCUACAAAUCUAACCACAUCCACAACAGAAACUACAACUCAAACCAUAACAGAAACUCCAACUAAAACACCAACUACAACCACUUUAACUCUACCUACUGCAUUCACAACCCCUACAACAGAAAUUACAACUACACCAGAAACUACAAUUCCAACCACAAUGGAACCUACAACUGAACCAACGACCACAGUUUUAUUCACAACAACCACUGAUAAAGACACCACUCCAACCACAUCCACAACAGAAACUACAACCACUACCGCAACCAUAACUCCAACUGUAACCACUGUAACACAGCCUAAAACUUCAUUCACAACCCCCACAACAGAAAUUACAACUACAACAGAAACUACAGGAAUAACAACUAUGACAAAAACUACAAGUCAAGCCACAACAGAACCUACAACCACUAUUUUAUUCACAACAGCCACUGAAGCAGAAAAUAUUUCAACUACAUCCACAGCAAAAACUCCAUCCAUAACUCCAACCAUAAAAGAAACUACAAACACUACAACAGAACCUACAACUUCAUUCACAAUCCCCACAACAGAAAUUACAACUACACCAAAAACUACAGAAAUAACAACUACAACAAAAACUUCCAUUCCAACCACAAUGGAACCUACAAACACAGUUCUAUUCACAACAAUCACUGAAGCAGAAACAACUCCAACCACAACCCCAGGCACAACCACAUUUGAAACUGCCAUUCCAUUUACAACCCCCACAACAGAAAUUACAACUCCAACCACAACCAUUACCACAGAAACUACAACAGAUACUACAGUCACAACAAACAUAACAGAAACUACAAUUCCAACCAUAACUGAACCUACAGCCACAACCACCAGAGAAACUGCAACUACAACAAUAGAAACGACAAUGCUAACCACAACAGAAACUGUAACAACAAACAUAACUCCAGGCACAACCACAUUUGAAAGUACAAUUCCAUUUACAACCCCCAGAACAGAAACUUUAACUACAACCAUUACUACAGAAUCUACAGAUACUACAGAAACUACAGCCACAACAAAAGAAACUACAAUUUCAGCCACAACCGAACCCACAACUGAAUUCUCAACAACCACAUCUAGAGCACUGACCACAAUAGAAACAACAGUUCCAACCACAUCCACAAAAUACAUUACAAUCACAACAACAGAAACUCCAGUUGCAACUCCAACCACAACAGAAAUUACAACUCAGUCAAUAACAAGUACAACUGAACCUAUAACCACAGUUCCAUUCACAAAUGCAACAGGGUCAACACAUCAAGUCACAACUGAAACACCAUCUUCAACCUUAACCACAGAAGAGGCUACAACCACAGCUGCUAUCACAACAACAGUAACUACAAAUCCAUUAACAACCUCAACUGUGAUCACAACCACAACAGACUCUACUAUUCCAAUCACAACUGAAUCUAGAGCCACAACUCCAUUUAAAACUACCACAAAAGUAACUAAAACUCCAUCUGCAACAGAAAUUACAACUUCAACAAAAACUGCAACCCCAAUCGACACAACAGAAACUUGGACUCUGUUCACAACCACCCAAAAAAUAACUAAAGCUCCAACUACAACAGAAGCUACAACCAUCACAACCACAGCAGAAAUUACAUUUCUAACAGCAACAGAAAGUACAACUCCAACACCAACUGCCAUGACAAAACCUACAACCACAAAUCCAACUACCACAACAGAUGCUCCAGCCACACCCACAACAGAAUCUACAACCAGAGCAACAGAAAGUACAAAUGCUACUACAACUGAAACUACUCCAACAACUACUGUUUCGAAUUCUACAGUUUCAAUGCCCCCUGCUGGUUGUCAGCCUGAUAAAAAGCCUAAUGAAUCAUGGAAGACUGGAAAUUGCACAACAGCCACUUGUCAUGGGAACAAUGUCAUCAGUUAUGACUUAGUAAAAUGCCCAGAAGUGAAAGAGCUAACCUGUACUAAUGGUUUCCUACCGAUCAAAGUCUAUAGUCAAGAUGGCUGCUGCUUUUAUUAUGAAUGCCAAUGUGUCUGCAGUGGGUGGGGAGACCCUCAUUAUGUCACCUUUGAUGGAAUAUACUACACAUUCCUAGAAAACUGCACCUAUGUCCUUGUGCAACAAAUCACACCAAAGUAUGAUAACUUCCGUGUCCUGAUUGAUAACUAUUUCUGCAGUACUGAAGAUGGAUUGUCCUGCCCACAGUCUAUUAUAAUCUACUAUAAAAACAAUGAGGUGUUGCUGACACAUUUGAUGUUUGAAAGAAACAUGAAAACUAUGAUUCGUUUCAACGAUAACUGGGUUACCACAUUAGGAUUCACCACUGAUGGUAUUACUGUUACCAGUGCUGGCAUAAACAUGGUUGUGGAAAUCCCUGAAAUCGGAGCCUAUAUCUCAUUAAGUGGAAUGAACUUUGUAGUCAAGCUUCCGUACAGCAAGUUUGGUUACAAUACAGAAGGCCAAUGUGGCACGUGCUCCAACAACCAGAGUGAUGAAUGCAGACUUCCAAGUGGCAAGAUAUUGCAAGACUGCAGUCAGAUGGCUGAUCACUGGAAAGUGAAUGUGCCUGAAAAACCUUACUGCAACCUCCCACCACCACCAGUUCCACCAACUGUACCUCCUUCAGUACCACCCACCUGUCUCCCUUCUCCUCUCUGUGAUGUCAUCUUAAGCAAGGUCUUUGCUGAAUGCCACAUAAUAAUUCUUCCAAAGCCUUACCAUGAUGGUUGCAUUUAUGAUGCCUGUCGAGUUGGGAAUGAAUCAGUGGAAUGUGCCAGUUUAGAAGUCUAUGCAUCCCUGUGUUCUUCCAUUGGAGUCUGCGUUGACUGGAGGGCAAAUACAGAUGGCCAUUGCCCAUACAUGUGUCCUGCUGGAAUGGUCUAUAAUGCUUGUGGUCCUUUGCAUCCAAAAACAUGCGAGCAGAGGGAUCUGAAUAAUGAUAAUGAUUAUGUGACUGAAGGCUGCUACUGUCCUAAAGGAACCCUACUCUCCGACUCCUUCAGCGGCAUUUGUGUCUGUGACAGUUGUGAGGCUCUGCCGUUUGGGUGCCUUGUCCAUAAAGAAAACAAAAACAUCACAAAUGGAACCUGUGAGUCUGAACAGCCAGUGGAAAUGUCCUACUGUGAGGGAAGCUGCAGUACCAAAUCAAUGUACUCUGCAGAUACCAAUUCAAUGGUACAUGAGUGCAGUUGUUGCCAGGAGAUGAAGACUAGCCAACGGCAGGUGGAGCUGAUAUGCAAAAACAAAACCAAAUCCGUAUUCUCUUUCAUCUAUGUAGAGGAGUGCGGUUGCACAAGAACUGAAUGCCAGGACAAUACUCAGCAGUGAAAAACAAAAGAAACUUUAAUUACAAAAGUGGACAUUGAAAAGUUGAGCAUUGUGUCUUCUCUGACACCUUGUUCUUCUGGAAAACACAAUCUAUUAUUUGCCCUUUAACGAUACAUUAGUUCCCUUGGUUUCUUUUAGUAUUGAUUUUUCUAUGAAUGUAAGAACAUUUUGUUAAUCAUGGCAACGCCUUGUGCAAAUGCAGCUGAACUUUUUAUCACACAAAAAUGAUGGCUUGUUUUAGGAACGUAGAGGGAAAACUAUAAAAAUCAGCCAACCUGCACUCCUUUUGUAUUUCACAUUGUAAGAACUACAAUGGCAUUUCAGGGGGUCAUGCCUUCUGUUUCCCAGGUGGGAACCCUAGUUACAGCCUGUGCCUGCCAGCUCUCCUAACCAAUAUACCAAUAUUAUGCUGAGGAUCUCUGAGACUUCAUUACUCUGACCCUCCUACAUCUCUGAACUCAUCUCUAGAUACUCACCCAACCACUUACUACUCUCCUCUACUGACCUGCUCCACAGCUUUUCUCCCAUUACCAUCUCACAUUCUCGCAAUCGAGACUUUGAAAGGGCUGCACCUCUCCUCUGGAAUUCUUUCCCACAGUCUGUCCGACUUUCUCCCAA